AUAUAAGGAGCAUCAAAACAAACACGUCUGUAACAAAAUUUCGGAGUAACAAGGUAACAGAGAUCACCUGAAUACAUAAUUUAUACAAUGCUUCGACCAGCUGUGAUAUCAACAGUCCUUCUUAUCACUGUCUCGACCACUACUACUCAAGCGCCCAGCAAUCCAUCAUUCUGUCGAGACUUAGACUGCCCUAGGUAUACCGUGAUAAAUACAUUUAAAGGAUACGAAUUAAGGAGAUACGAACCUUCUCAAUGGGUAGGUACACGGGAUGUUACACGGACUAACCAGAGAAACCCAAAGAUGUUCUGGAAACUGUUUUCCUACAUUUCCGGCAAUAAUACUGAAGGUUUGAAGAUUCCAAUGACUGUUCCUGUGUUGAACAUACACACUCGUGGCGUGGGAAUAAACAACCAAGAAACUGUUUUGGAGAUGCUUUUUAUGAUCCCACAUAGCAAACAACCUUACCCCCCUUACCCUGCCGACCCUACAGUAUACAUCACUAGGCUCCCUGCAUUUAAUGUCUAUGUCAAGUCUUACAGCGGAUACUCGAAUCCAAGGAGGAAACUUGCGAGGGUUGCAGAACUCAAGAAAGAGAUAAACGACACGAAUCUGUAUUACAGCGAUCACUUCUAUUCAGCCGGGUACGAUAGUCCUUGGCAGACUAACAACAGACAUAACGAAGUAUGGCUGGCUGCUAGACAGUAACAGUUACAACGAAGUAUAGCUGGCUGUGAGAUAGUCACUGUGUUGCACAUCAUUCAUCGUAUAAUCCUUCAUCCUCCAGUUAUGCAAACGAAUUCGUGAGAUUCAGAUUUUUCUCAUCUUCGCUAGCUAAGGGUUUCCGAUACGCUAUUCCCCUCACAAAACAAGUUAUGAGGAGAGUAGCGGAUCAGAAUCCCUAGGAUAGCGAAGAUGAUUUUUUUAAAGGAAAAAAGAUUUCUCAGAUCUCCGACUCCAAACUGGUCAGUGAAUACUUCCAUCAGUGCCCAUCGUGUAUGCACCCCCUUCGUUAAUAUUAUAAUGAUUUAUUCCAGCAGUUUGAGAAUUCUUCCCAAAUCUUUGAUACUGAUAGUUAUCUCUUUAUAAUACCAGCGGAUCCAGGGGGGAUCCGAGGUCCCCCCUUUAUUUUCGCACAGAGAGAGAGAGAGAGAGAGAGAUGUUUUCUGGAAUAGCUAUUUUUACGUCUACUACAUUUCGAAUAAAACAAAAGUUCAAAAUAACUCGUUAAUCUCUACCCAUUUACUCUCUUAGAUACAAUCUCGCUUUUUUUGCUUUCAUCCGUUUACCUUAACAACACCCCCCCCCCCCCCGCCCGCCACCCACACCCGGAGGCUUACAAAUUUAUAAUGCUAUCACGAAGCGUUUCAUUUAUGAGUGAAUGAAAGAAGAUGUUCUUUAAUUCAAUAUAUAUAUGACAAGUAACAUGCAAUGAUUCAAUUUGAUGUCAACAGACGAUUCCAGCGAACUUUGGCUAUACGUACCUUUUUCGGAACAUCUGAUGGAGAUAACUUUAAAAAGUCAUGAAAGUAAUGCUCAGAUCUAGAGGGCGUGGGGGAGGGGGUGUUCCGGAUCCCCCCGGAUUUAAGAGGUGCUCAAUUUCUAUGUAAAAAAAAAAGGAUAACAUCCUUGGACGCCCCCCUUUCCAGGAAAUAUUGAUCCCUUUAAAAUGGAGAAAAUAGUCAUGGAAAAUUGAUUUAAAAAAUGUGUUGAUGUGGAAGCCCCCCCCCCCCCCGGAAAAAAUUCUGGAUCCGUGCCUAUGAAAGGGAAUAUGCAUAAUUUUUUUUCUCUCCAUGUGUGUGUGUGACUCUAUGUUUGAGUGUUUGGCGCCUCCUCCCUGGACCUCCUCCCCCCUUCUUCAAAAAUUACCUCUGGUAUUACUCACACGAAUCUCUGAAAACUUCGAAUAAAAUGAAUGCAGUCGUGAGGAAUACAUGUAAUUCUAAAAGUAAACGUGUUUUUUUUAUAAUACUGUCUGCGACAAAUAUCAGCUAUGAAUGUCUGAAGAUGUCAGCAAAAGUGGAAUGGCGUUUGUGUUACUGGAGCAACUUAUAAUUAACUGUCAGAUUUAUGGAGAUUUAUCUUUUAAAUCAAAAUAAAAUUGAAAUUAUCAUUUU